GUACGUAUUAGCGUUUAGCACGUACGCGUAAUACCGUCAAUUUAAUUUGUUACACCGAGGCGGAGGGGGCAAAAAAUAUUUCCAAUGUUGAUAACAACUACGCUAUCCGCGCGCAUCGGGCCUGUCAUUGUUGUUAUUAUGAAUAAUAGGUAUCUGUCGAUUAAAUUAAAUUAAAUUUUGAUUUGUGUUUUACCGUACCGAUAUUAAUUGUAGAGGUCUUAAUCACCUUGUUUUUUCGGUCGGUCGAGCGAUUUUAUGAUCGCUGUGACGCUGACGAGUGAUUAUUUCCCGCCCUGUUUUUUUUUAUGUACUAGUACAAAAUAGUGGCUUUUAUUGGUGUGUUUCAUCAGAAAAAUACUAAUCUAAUAUAACACAAUGUACCAUUUGAUUUAUAAAGACGUAACAAAUUGUUCUACGAAUCAGACCGUCGCUCAAAAAGAACUGCCUGACAGAUCAAAUGGACACGAAGGUUAUGGUAUGGUAACUUUUAUAUUAUCAAUACACAAUUUUGAACUAAUCUAAUUGUUUUAUAAGUCAUAAUUAUUUGCAUUAUUCUAAUCUACUUCAAUUUCCUAAUUUUAAGUACCCUUAAUAUUUGCAUCGAGCUUAUUAAUGUAGUACCACUAGUAUCUAAGUAAUAAAGCAAUUAAUGACCAUGAUUAUAUUUACAGAAUAAUUGUUUGAUUUUAUUUAAAUAAACAACAUAAUGCUGAAGGACGCACGAAUACCAUACCUUUGUUAUCAUUAAUGUACUCUGAGUUAUAACUGUCAAAUUUACUUUGUUUCACUUGUUUAUAAAAUAUAACAUUAAUGAAUAAUUUCAAAUAUGCUUUCUUGAAGCUAAUGAUUUUCUAAAAUUUUAUCAUUUAGGUACAAUAUCUUUGAAUUAUCAUUAUACCUACCUAGGUAUUCAAAAUAUAAACAUUAUUAAUUUGUGUGAAAAAAUAAUUAAUGGAAUAUGUAGAGCAAUAAUAGUUAUAAUAAGCUUUAAUACAAUACAAACAAAUGUAUAUUGACUUGGUUAUUGUAAUGAUCAAUUAUAUUUUGUUAAUAAAACUUUUUAAAUUUGAAACAUUGCAGAUAAUUGUGUAUAUAAUUAUCAUUUGCUUACAAGGUUUAUUAUUUUAUAGAAAGUGAUGAUUUAUUAUUGGAAGAUGAAGAGGACAGUCAUCCAUAUUCAGAUGAAUAUGUACAGUUGGAGAGAAAAAUGCGCAAUCGAUUGACAUUUUUCUUCAUGAAUCCAAUUGAAAAAUGGAAGACAAGGAGGCGAUUCCCAUACAAAUUUUUAGUACAAAUUAUCAAAAUAAUAUUAGUUACACUUCAGGUAAUAUUGGAUUUUAAAAUAAAUAUUUUGUAUAGUUACUGUACUAUUUGAUAUUGAGAAUUUUGUUGGUGUUUUUAUAGCUUACACUGUUUGCUCACAACCGAUACAGUCAUGUAAAUUACACAUGGGGAAAUAGAGUUACAUUUUCCCAUUUGUUCAUUAAAGGAUGGGAUGCAGCACGAGAAAUAGUUUCCUAUCCUCCUGCUCAAGGUCCAUUAGCCAUAUAUAAUAUUGACUCAUUUUAUUCUACUAUAAACUUUGCAGUAAAUGGUGUAAGUGACAUUUUUGAUUUAUACAUUUAUAAUGUUUUAACAUACAGUAAUCCCUCGUUAUUCGCAGAGGCUAGGUUCUAGUAAAGUCUAGCAAUCAGCAGGUAACAAAACCGCUGAUAAUGAGAUAAUUAUUCAUUGUGGAAAGAAAGUUGGGUUUUAUUUUUUAAAUUUUAAAAACACUGAUAUUUUUUAUUAAUUAGUUUUAAUUUAUACAAUAAAUUAGUUAAUUAUUCAUAUAUACAUACAUAUAAUAGAAAGGAUGGAAAAACUUUGUGAUAUAGAUAUUUUUUUCUUUUUAUUUUCUGUAUGUUUUGAUGUAAUGCACAUGUGUACCUAUUAUACAUUUAUCUCUAGAAGCGUAGUAUUUAUGUACAUUUAUUAGUUAUACAUAAAAAUGAUCUGAUCCUGUUUAAAACAAAUUAUAGCAUGGUUAAAAAAUCUGUGGAUAAUAAUGGAUUACUGUAUUCUCAUUAAAUAAAUAAAAAAAAUUACCUAAUGUUAAUUGCUAGUUUUAAAACUGAAAGUUAUAAUGUUUAUAUAUUUAUGACAAAUUAUAAUUCUUAAUAAAAAAAUGAAUGACCAGUAUAACACCUCAAACAAGAUUGUUAAAUUUUAUUAGGUGCAUACACUAGAAUUUUUAAUGUUAUUGAUUUUUCAAUUCUCUUGGUUACACUGGUAGAAAUGUUUAUUAAUACUUUGUAUUAAUCUAAUAAUAAAUAUUUCUAAACAACAAUAGUGUAUAUUAUAUAUCAGAGCUCGUGACUUAUAGCAUUUGCAUAGUAUUUGUUUUGAAAAGUCCUAGUAACACCUAAGUAAGUUACAAAUUUGUUUCAGAUAACCAAGAAGUCAAAUAUAAAAUUUUUUGUUGCAUGUUUUGAAGUUUUGAUGCUAUUUUACUAUUUUAAUGUUUUUAGCGCUAUUUGAGGUUUAUAUCGGCAUUUUAAAGAAGAAAAAUGAAAAUUUCUUACAAUGUUAAUAUUAUAUUUUCGUUUAUCAGUUUAAUUGUCGUAAAAGAAAAUGACAUUAACAAAUUAUAUGGUCAUUGUCAUUACUUGGUAAUUCCAUUGAUAAAGAGGCCUCUAUUAAUAAUAAAAUGAUUUUAUUGUUGAAUGAGUAUUAUGGCAUUAUUUUCAUUUGGCUUGAAACAUUAUUAUAUUAAAAUCAUUACCAGUUUCUGGUAGGAUAUCAAACUUAUUUUUUUGCAUAUUUUAACAUUUUAAGUGCAUAUAUAAGCCCUUAUAUGAAUGUUUUUAAGAUCAUAUCAUUACACUUAUAACAACUUUUUUAGAGCUAUAAGUCAUGAGCCUUGAACAUUAUAGUUUGAAAAUUAAAUAAAUACAUGCAAAUAGUCAAAAUAUACAUAACAGUUUAAUAGUCUACUUUUAACCAGGUUAAAAAUUAGUUUGCAUGUUUAAAUAUGAAUUUAUAUAAUAAUAAAGGAAUUAUUUUUAUUUGACUUAAGAACUGAUUGAUCAUCUAUUUAUAAAUUGAUAUUUAAUUUUAAUGUGUUUUAGUAUGCCAACAUUUCAAAUGCAAUUGGAUCAUAUUCCUACUUAAAUGAAGAUGGUAGAGUUGUAAAUCCACUAUUUUGUGUGAUGCAUUAUAAAGAAAGUACAGUAUUUGGUUUCAAUGAAAGCUAUUUUUUCAAUGGAGAAAUAGAUCAAGGUAAUAAAAUAAAGUACUUUUUGUUUUUGUUACUUUUGUUAGUGAUUAAAAAAUAAUAUAACAUAUUUAUUUUAAUUUUAUAGACUGUUUAAAUAUUACCAUAACAACAGAUAUAAAAACUAAAGGAUUUUCGAUUCAAGAUUAUCUAAAAAUACAUAAUAAAACGAUAAUAUUUUCAUCAUUGUUGAAAGCUAAAUUAAAAUUUACUUUAAAAACUGUCAACUUGAAGGUUGCUGGGAAAUAUACACCUCCUGAUUGUUACAAAUUUGAAAUUCAGGUUAACAUAAAGUUUGUUUAAUUUUAAAAGUGAAGUAAUUUAUUAUUGAUACUCUAAUGUGUGUGUAAAUAAUAGGUAUAUUAUAGACACAAUUCUAAAAUCUUUAAAUAUGACAACAGUCUGAAAUUUUUACAAUGAAGUACAGAAUAUUAUGGAACUUCAAAAUGUUUCUUUUAUUUUAUUAUAAUAAUUAUCAUUAUUAUACUUAUUUCUAUAUUAUUAAAGUCUAUCUCUGAACAUUAAAUAUGAAUGAAGUGGCAUUUGGGGGGCAGGAAGGGUCAUUUACCCCACCCUUGACUUUUAUGGUUUGAUUAAAUUUUUGGUACUUAUAGCUACUAGAAUGGCUCCCCUCAUAAUGGGUCACUUGUCAAGAACUCACAAGUUCAUUUUUAUAGCUUUAAUAUUUUGAAUGUGUUAUGAUUUAAAAAUUUAAAUAGUGGCUUACCAAUGUAACUAGGUACUUUUGCUUUUUUUCUUGUACAUUAACAUUAUUGCAUGUAUAAUACAAAUAAAAAAAUAUUUUUCAAUUUUAAAUGUACAACUUAAUUUUUCUAUAUAAUGUCAAUUAUAUACAAAUAUUCUAAGAGACUUAUAGAACAAUUUUAUUAUGAAUGAUUCUUCCUAGAAUCCUCUUAGACUAUAUUUUUUCUAUUUUGUAUUCAAACUCGACCUAUUUUGACUUAAAACUAUUUCGCAAAUAUUUUUAAAAUUUUUCACAAAUUACACAAAAAGGUUAUGUAUAAGAUAUUAUAAAAUAUACUAAUUUUAGAAAUUGGUAUCAAAAAUUAAUUUAUUUUGUUCAAAGUUCUAAUAGUUAAAAGAAAAAUCAAGGGCUUUACAUUUCAGAUGACAUUAAAUAAUGAAGAUAUGGAUGGACAAGUUUUAGUGGAAUUGGAUGUAAAUCCUUUUAGAUUGAAUUGUAAAGGUGACAUAGAAUACAUAAGUAAGUCUCACAAAUAAUUAUGAAUGUCAACCAAUAUUGUUUGUAUUCAUAUUUUUCUUUUAGAUAACAACCAAGUGGAGUCAACUUUUAGAAGUUUGUUGAAUUAUUCAAUUAUCAUAACAUGUGGUAUUUCAAUGAUAUUAUGUUCAAGAGCAAUAUUUAGAGCGCAAUUAUUAAAAUUUGUAUGAAUUAUAUUAGCAUAAUGAAUUGAAAAUGUUACUUGUAAAUAUAAAAUUGGCUUAAUUAUACGACUGGCAAUUUUUUUAUUACAGGAAACUAUCAGAUAUUUUGAGGACAUGUUAAAGUCAAAACUAAGCAACAAGGCACGAUGGGAAUUUUGGAAUUUAUGGUACAUAAUGAUAAUCAUAAAUGAUAUACUCAUCAUAUGUGGUUCAGGAAUUAAAGAACAAAUUGAAAAAAAGGUGUGUUUUACAAAAUGUUGAGUAGUUAAUUUUUUCUAUUUAUUUGAUGUGUUAUAUAUAUGUUUAAAAGAAUAAAAUGUUAUAUGUACAUUUUGUGUUUGUUUGAUGUACAAUGCUAAUAAAUAAUAUUGUUUUUACAGCAAUUUAUUGGUGAUCAAUGGAAUUUAUGCAGUGUUCUACUAGGAACUGGCAAUUUACUUGUUUGGUUUGGAGUCCUAAGAUACUUAACGUUCUUUAAAACUUACAAUGUAGGUAUAGUAAUAUAUAAACAAUUGAAAUUUAUUAUAAUUAAUUAUCUCAUUUGAUUGAGUUUUUAAUGUUUGUUAUAUUUUGUUAUUAGGGUGUAAUAUUAACAUUAAGGCAAGCAUUUCCAAACACUGCAAGAUUUAUUUUGUGCGCCAUUCUCUUGUAUGCUGGAUUCACAUUUUGUGGAUGGUUGGUACUGGGACCAUAUCAUAUGAAAGUUAGUAUUGACAGCACAAUCUUAAUACAAUGUUCAAUACUAAAUUAAAAAACUGAUAUAAUUCAUGCAUGGUCAUACUAAUUAUGAUUAUACUAAUGAAUUUUAUAUUUUUUGAUUAAAUCAAGUGUAAAUAAUGUUCAUAAGAUCUUAAUCUGAUACUUUUAUAAAAUUUAAAUUUGUAUAAUUAUUUAAUUUAUAAAGGUAAACAUUUUUUUUUUAAACUAAUUUUUCAGUUUAAAAAUGUUUUCAUAAUACCAAUUUAUAAUUUAUCUUCUUACAGUACAAAAUCAAUAAAAUGUUGAAAUGGCAACAUACACAAUGUAAAUUAUUUUAUUUUUAAAAUAAAACACUUAUAUUAAAAUUAAUGUCACAAUUUAUUUAUUCAAAGGAAUACUUCUAUUAAUUUACUAACAUAUUUUACAAUUUUGUAUACAAUUAAAAUUAUUAUAAAUUAUUAUAUUAUAAAAUAGUAUAUCAAAUAUCAAGUAAACAAUAAAAAGUAUAGAAUUUUUUUUGUUAUCUUAUAAAAAUAAAAUUGUAUAAUAAUGCAUUUUUUUUGUACAUUUUAGUUUAGAUCAUUGGCUAGCACAUCUGAAUGCUUAUUCUCUUUGAUCAAUGGUGAUGAUAUGUAUGCCACUUUUACAAUUAUGGCUACAAAGUCUUCCUUGCUUUGGUGGUUUAGCCGGUUGUACUUGUACUGCUUCAUAAGUCUAUUUAUUUAUGUGGUCAUCAAUUUGUUCUUGUCAGUAAUAAUAGACUCGUAUGAAACAAUAAAGGUAAAACUUAAAAUGAUUUACAUUUUUAAUGAUAUAUUUAUUUUAAAUAUGCGUUAAAGCUAUUAUUGCAUUCAUUUUUAAAUAAAGUAUGAAAUAUAAACAUGUUAUGAAUAGAUUGUAGUUUUAUAUGUUUAUUGUUUAUGUUAUGUUAAGAGUUAAAUGUAAAUUAGAAAUACAAAUACAUACUAUUAAAUAUGUUGUCUGUAAGAUUAUUGCAGAUAUGUAAUAUACAUUUAUUUAUACUUUUGUCUAUAUUUAAUUGAAAUUCACUUGAUAUUAUUUUGAUGAAAUGUGAUUUUUUAUUCAUAUAAACUUUUAUCAUUAACUUGCUCUAAAUUGCAAAAAUAAUGUUUUAACAUUUGAAAUCUGCUUUUUAAAUAUUUUCCAAACUAAUAUUAAGUACCAAUCUAAUAAAUUUGAUAUGUAUGUUUUGAAUUUUAUAAAACUAUAAUGAUAGUUUUUAAAAUUUAAUUUAAUUUUUUAGAACCAAUCCCAUGAAAAUAUACUGAUGACUGAUCUAGAAAAAUUCAUGAAGGAAGGCACAUUUUCUACAUCGACAUUUGAUAUCACAGAAGAGACUGAUGACUGGGCCAAUUUAUCAUUUACUCAAACUAUUAGAAGUAUAUUUUGUAGUUGUCGGAUGUAAGUGCCUAGGUUUAAUAUUAUAAUUUAGACUAAUUUAAAAAGAAAUAUUUAACCAGAUUAAACAUAAGACAAUAAUUGACAUUUAAAAAAAUAUAAUAAUAUUCUAAAUUUGACAAUAAUCAUUAAUAUGCACAUCAUUUGUGGCAAAGGAAUGAUUUCUUUUGUAAAUUUUUAAUAAGUUUUAUUUUCAGCCUAAUGAAAAAUGUACGCCAAACAUGUAUAUAUAUUAUUUAUCAAAGAAGCAGACAUUUAAUUGUUUAAAAUUGUGAAGAUAUAGGUUAUAUCUGUAUUGAUUUUAUAUUAUUUUCGUUAUUCAUCAUAUUCAUUAUUAUUUAAACUCUAUAUAUUUGUAUAUACCUGUAUGUGUAUAUUUAUAUAUUUAUGUUUAUUUUACUAAAUUGCAUUAUAGACUGAUCACUAUUUAUAUUCCUACAUAUCUGCACUUUAAUAAUCAAUACAAUUAUUAGGAAAUUAAUGUACCUAGUCCUUUUAAAUCAAUCAUCUUUUAUGCAUUUGUAUUAAAAUAUCAAUCACUAUAUUAUUACAGGUACAUUGAUUGAUUGUUAAAUACUUUAUCUUCAUUUAAUUUUGUUUUUCUGUGCUGUUUAUUUUAAAAACUUGUUUGUUAUUAUUAUUUUUUUUUCAAUAGCUCAAUGAAAGUACAGGUAUUAUAAUAUAAUUGUCUUUAUGUAGUGAUUUUUUUAAAUCUAUUAUUGUAAAACUAAAAUAUUAUUGUUUAAAUGUUAUGUAAUGUUACCAAUUUUGGUGUUCAGAAGUUAUAUUGUUUUAUUUAUAUGUAUACUAUAUCCUAUUUUUUUUAAAAAAAUGUUUAAAGCGUUAAUCUAAUAAUUAAUUUAUAAUUUGAAAAAAUAUAUAAUAUUCAAAUAAAUAUUUAAGUAUGUACACCUAAAUAAGAGUACCUAUAGUAUAUUUUUUCCUAAAGGAUAUUGAAUUAUAAGAAACAGUAAUUUUGUACUUUCCAAUGGAUUAUUGUAAAUAAAUGAAAAAUUAACAUCUGUUAAUAUUUUUGUAUUUAAAAUCAGGGUCUAAAUCUUAGAUUUUAUCACUUUGGGUUCUCAAAAAUAUAGAAAUUUGGUUUUAAACUUAAA